AUGGCUUUCAAUUCAUUUAGUAGCAGUUUCAAUAAAAAGUUUCAGGAGUUAUCUGAGAAAACUCAAGAGAUGACUUCAACCAUCCCACAUGUAGCUCAAAAUACCCAACGUUUAAUGAAAGAAAAAUUGGGUCAGGCCAAGGAUAUCUCUACUUUACCACAAGAAUAUGUGGAAUUGGAAACUAAAAUAGAUACAAUGAAGGAAAUCUAUGAACAUUUUUUAAAAGUAACUAUGGUUUACGAAAAGGAAUCUUAUGAUUACCCUAAGGAAUUUGGUGAAUCAUUCUGGGAAUUUACUGAUUCUGUUGGUGAAAAAUUCUCCGCUUUAAAUAUUAGUGAACAUAAUAAUAAGGUCAAAAUUCCAAAAACCCUGAAUUAUGCUUUACAUAACGUUUUCUUGACUGCAAAUGAAAAAGUAAAAUUGUUACAUGAGCCUCUAGAUAAUUCAUUAUCAGAAACUCUUGCAUCAUUGUCCGAGACUGAGGCCGAUAUUGCUGAAGCAAGGUUACAUCAAGAUUCUUUAGUGAAAAGCAGAAUAAACUAUCAAUUAAAAGAAGAAUUAAGUCAAAAUUUCGAGAGAGCUGCAAAGUACAGAAAAGCUGUUCACCAUAAAAGAUUCAAUUAUGAUGUUGCUAAAACAAAUUUCGAACAUGCCAAACCAGAGAAGCAAGCUACCUUAUCUGCACAAGCUGAUAUUUUGAAGGAUGAAUUUGAACAAGCUACUAAAGAUGCUACAAUUGUUAUGCAAGAAAUAAUCUCUAAUAGCAGAUUAGAACACAUUUUGAAGGAAUUGGCCGUUUCUCAGUUAGUUUAUCAUCAAAGGUCGACCGACUUAUUAAACAAAUUUUUAGAUGCUCAGAAUGAUGCUAUCACCGAAAGAGAAAGAAGAGAAAUCGUAUCAGGAAAUGCAGACAUGAUCGGUAGACCAAGCGAAGCCAAUACAUACGAAAGAGAAUUGGAAGAUCGUAAGGAUAAACAAGAUACCUCUGAAAUUAAAAUGGACGAUAACGAAUCCAUCAACUCAAAAGUUGCAUCCGAGACCAAACCGGAAGAGGAACUAGACACUGAACUUGAAGCAGAAGAUGGGAAAUGA